AUGGAUAUUAUGAAUUUAAUUGGUUCUGAUGAUUCUAACAAUAGUAUCAUUUGUACAAAUCCAUCUUUGGAAAAUCCAGGAGAAUAUAAACAAGAAAUAAAUACAACAUUAUCAUCUAUUGAUCAAGUACGAUUCCUUGUGUCGAUAGAAAAUAAAAGAUAUUGUAUAGCUAAAAUUCGACAAUGGUUAGAAGUAGAUCAUACUCUAUCAGAAAUAUAUCGACAACAUGGUUAUUCGAUUGCAAGUGUUUAUUCAUUGAUCAUGGAACAAGAUUUUUGGAUAACUUAUCAAAGUCAUACACAUGUCGAAGUUCUUUGGUUAUCAAAUAUGUCAAAAGCUAUGCUUGAAUACCAUAGUAUCAGUAGAGUAUUUUUUAAAAUUGAAAAUUUUAUGAAUCAACAGCUGAAAAUAAUCGAAAAACAAUUACAUGAAGCCUUCAUAAUAUUGGCUGACUAUCUACAAAAAGAAGAAGAAGAAAAAGAUCAAAUUUUUAAAUCAUCUACUAUUGAUACUAGUCUACUCA